AUAGGUACAAUAUGAAUUUUGACGCUAGUAAUACCAGUGAGACUGAGGAAACAGUUGUCUUAUCAGGAAAAAAGAAAAGAUAUCGCAGAAGAAACCUUACCAACCGAUCUAGGCGACAAAUAGAAAAACGUAAACUACAAAAAUUGCUCAUUCCGAAUGCACUUACAACAGUGAAUCGUUUGACGAACACCAAUAUGCUUCACCGAGCUUGUGAGAGGGGAGAUGAUAAAGAGACGAGGAAUCUUAUUAAAAAUUUGACCUCGUCCCAGCUUCUGAAACGAGAUGCAUCUGGUGAAACUGCUCUUCAUAUUGCCAUUAAUCAUGGUCACGUGGGCUGUGCCUUGUUGAUACUAAAUAAUCCUGCACUGGAGGUGAGUAACGAACUCAGCAGAGAGCUUUAUGUGUCUUGUGGAGCAGAUAAACUGGCUGCACUGCGAAACCCUGAGGAGUUGGAGCUAGAAGAUGGAAGCACAAAGCCAAAACCACGCCGGAAGAGGAAGCGGGCAAGUUUAAGUGGUUUGUCAAAAGCACGUCUGGCAAAGAAGUAUUUACGAUCAACUCCAAAUAUCAAGAAAAGACACGAGGCGAUGAAAAUUGUUAACCACGCACACAGUAUCACUGCACUUCAGCGAGCUUGCUGUGAUGGAAAUGAUGAACAAGUCAAAACAUUUAUAGAUGAGCAUUUGACUGACGAAAACAUCUUGCGUAAAGAUUUAUGCGGCGAAACUGCUUUACACGAUGCAAUUAAAAAUGGGAACACAGAGUGUUGCAUGUUGUUACUAAAUCGGUUACAGAGUCCUAUGCCAGCACAACUAUCUCAGGAGCUUAUAAAUAUAUGUACUGAGGAUUUGUCUACAGUAGCUGAUAAACUAAGUCGAGAAGGGUCAGGUGCAGAUAACAUCGAACAGAGUGGUAUAGUAUUAACAGAGGAAGAUAUGAAUACGGAGAUGAAUACGGAGAUGAAUACGGAGAUGAAUACGGAGAUGAAUACGGAGAUGAAUACGGAGAUGAAUACGGAGAUGAAUACGGAGAUGUAUACGAAGAUGAAUACGGAGAUGAAUACGGAGAUGAAUACGGAGAUAUAAAUACGGAGAUAAAUACGGAGAUGAGUACGAAGAUAAGUACAGAGAUAAAAACAGAGAUAAAAACAGAAAUAAGGGAGGAUAUUUGCAAAGUAGAACAAGAAGAUUCGCUUGAAACAUCCCAUGGUUUUAUCUGUGCUGUAUGUUCUGCGCACUUCCUUUAUGAGAGCUACUUUUUAGAGCACAUCAAAGAGCACCAUUCAGGUGAUCAUAAUAUUCAAACAGUGGAGAAACCCAGAAAGAAAUUCAGAUGUCCAAGAAUCAAAACAUACGGGUGCACAAGAUGUUCUUAUCAUACCAACAAUAAAUAUGAUUUGAACAGGCAUAACAUAAUAGUGCAUGCUGGUCUAAAACCUUAUAAGUGUUCGCAAUGUCCCUUUGCUUGCUUCUGGAAAAUAAAUACUACGAGGCAUGAACGGAUACAUACUGGAAAUAAACCAUUCAGCUGUAAUGAGUGUUCAUAUACUGCUUCUAGAGCAGAUCACCUUAAAGAGCAUGCUCUGAAGCAUAGGAACGAGAAACCAUUCAUAUGUUCUGAAUGUGGUAAUAAAUACGUACGUAGACGUGAUUUAGUAAAACAUCAGCGACAAAAGCACCCGGAGAUUAAUUCAGACUCUACCAGCGAAUGUUGUGAUCGUCUGAUAACGUUGGAAGAUGAUGCCUCCUCCGGAAAAAUGAAUUUGUUAGGUCAC